UACUCGCUGGCAAACAUGCUGGCAAAUAUCUUCGAUGAGCUCUACUUCAAGAGCGUCUACUUACCCCUCAACGUCAUCUCACUGAACACGCAAAAACCUGCCGCGAACGGGACCAAGGUGCGAGUGUACAACGCUCCAGAGCACAGGUGGUGGAUCGGAGUGAUCACAGAGUACGACGUGAAGCAGAACAUGUCUCUUGUCACUCAGGACGCGCAGGCUGCUUCAGAAGCGGGAGAGUCCGUAGAGCCGCUGCAAGUGUGGGUUUCAGUGCCGUCGUUCUACGCGGAGGUCUUGACGGAGGACGGCAAGGAGCAGCCUUCAGACAUCAACCUGCUGGACGGGACGAGCAACCUCUUUGCUAUCUCGCUCUCCUCCGCUAACGGGUCGGGGGUCUCGAUCGGGGAGUCCAUGGUGACCGGGGAACAGCUCAAGGCUACGUUGGCCAACACUCAGAUCGCCGCCUUGUUUCCAGAGUACAACGGGACCGAGACGAUCUUGAGUGCGUUGGAAGCACACAUAGCGGCGAAGCAGCCGGAGCUAGCUAAGAACAACGACGGCGACUCGUCUGGACUAGACAAAGACUCUAAGGAGGAAAAAGCUUGAUUGUUUGAGGGGUUGAUGUGAAAUCGACAUCUGUC